UGUCCCCACUGAAGAAAUAUGUGAUUACUUUGUCAUUUUGGUUACUAAUUCAGUUACUAAUCAUAGAAUGAUUCUACAUUGGCGACAGUUCCUCUAGCUUAAACUGCUAUUUCAUACACCAAAGCUCUGCAUUCAAUGGUAUAAUAUAGCUAAAAGGAUGAAUGAACGGAUGAUAGCUCUGUCUGUAUUUAUGAAUGAAUAACGGGAACUCAAUUGACAAGAUGACAGUUCAAAUCGAACCUCGGUGGUAUGCACUGUCUAGCUGUUUAUAUGGUAUGGAUUGGGUAGCAUUAAAUCGGUCGUCUCAUUCUGGCCUCCGAGGUAGAUGUCUUCCGAGAGUGUUGGUUAGCUGCUUUGGAUGUUUUUGUUAUUGGUUGGGUGGGUUCUCGCGCGAACUGACUGAGGUCUGGCUGGUCUCGUUCGUUCUCGUACUAGUGGUGUACGAAUAGCGUGAUGCGAAGUGCUGCUCUGGGCCAGUUCAACUUCUCGAGCUGGCUGGUGAUGAGGGUGAUGGUAUUCGUGAAUAACAGCAGUACAUCAGCAGCAGAGCAACAACAAAAAAGAAAAUAAGCGGAGAGAAGAGAAAAUAAAAAAAUAAACUUCGCCAUAUUGAAUUGCGAGAACUUGUGAUAGGUUCGAAUUUUUUCCCUGCCAGCAGAAUAAAGAAUCGGUUCCUGCUUCCUCCGAAGAAGGUUCAGUGGGGUACGGUUAGUGGAAGCUCAAUCUAUGCUGGUCCGGAAUUCCGCGAUGAAAUUGACAAAGUGAUUGUAUCGGAAUCAUGCUCUAAGUGAGAUUGUGGAUCCAGUCUAUACGUCGUAAAAAUUAAAGAACAUCAAGAGAAGAUUGCCAGUAAAUUAGUGUCUAGUGGAACAUCGUUCUAAGUGAUUGUGGCACAAAGAAAGUGCCAAGUUCUGAGGAUUUCGAGUGUGAUAUAAGCUGGAGCGCUGGGGGCCAGACGGCUCCAAAAUUACUCAGAAACGUCGAUCUACGAGAAGGGCGAAGGCGCAGCAGCGGUGUAACAUGAAAAGUGCAGACAAGAUGAACCAAGUAGUAUCCAGAAAUAGAUUCGAGAAAACGUACAUAAUCCCAGAAGAUGAAAUUUCCAAGAAACUACCCAAAGAGAUCCUGUUGCGUAUUCUGUCCUAUCUCGAUGUCACCUCGCUAUGCCGGUGUGGUCAGGUGUCCCGAUAUUGGAAUAUCCUAGCCCUAGAUGGUUCGAAUUGGCAGAAAAUCAAUCUGUUUGAUUUUCAAAGGGAUAUUGAGGGCACGGUGAUUGAGAACAUUUCGCUGCGGUGCGGCGGUUUCCUAAAGUAUCUCUGCCUCCGUGGUUGCCAGUCCGUCGGGAGCCAAUCGAUUCGAACCCUUGCUCAACACUGCCAUAACAUUGAACAUCUGGAUCUGGCCGAGUGCAAAAAGAUCACGGACGUUGCCAUUCAACCGCUCAGCAAAAACUGCAGUAAACUGACCGCCAUCAACCUCGAGUCCUGCUCGCAGAUCUCUGACUGUAGCCUGAAGGCACUAUCGGACGGGUGUCCAAAUCUCACGGAGAUUAACGUGUCCUGGUGUAAUCUGAUUACGGAAAAUGGUGUCGAGGCUAUAGCCAGAGGUUGCAAUAAAGUGAAGAAAUUUAGUAGUAAAGGUUGCAAACAAGUAAAUGAUAGGGCCGUUAUCGCACUAGCAUUGUUUUGUCCUAAUAUUGAAGUUUUGAAUCUACACAGCUGUGAGACUAUAACCGAUGCAUCGGUGUCGAAGAUAGCAGAGAAGUGCAUCAACUUGAGGCAGUUGUGUGUGUCCAAAUGCUGUGAGCUCACGGAUCACACACUGAUAGCACUAGCAACCUACAAUCACUAUCUCAACACUCUCGAAGUUGCCGGUUGCACUCAGUUUACUGAUUCAGGAUUCAUUGCGUUAGCAAAGAACUGCAAGUAUCUGGAACGAAUGGAUCUGGAAGAGUGUAGUCAAAUUACUGACGCUACACUAUCGAACCUCGCAGUGGGAUGUCCCAGUCUAGAGAAAUUGACCCUGUCGCAUUGCGAACUGAUCACUGAUGAAGGCAUCCGGCAGCUGGCUGCCGGUGGUUGCGCCGCAGAAAGUCUUUCCGUCCUGGAACUGGACAACUGUCCACUGAUAACCGACGCAACGCUCGAACACCUAAUAUCCUGUCACAAUUUGCAGCGGAUAGAGCUCUACGACUGCCAACUAAUAUCUAGGAAUGCCAUCCGUCGGCUGAGGAAUCAUCUACCAAAUAUAAAAGUACACGCGUACUUUGCCCCAGUGACACCGCCACCGACCUCAAACGGACCACGACCCCGGUAUUGUCGAUGUUGUGAGAUUCUCUGAGAUCAGGCAAUUGGCUUAGCCAGAAAAGUUCUCUGUAGGAGUAGAGAUGACUGAUAUUUAUACUUAUAAUUUAUACUUAUAAUUCUUAACUAAGCAGUGGAAGGACGUAAGAACUUUGGCAGCAUUGAACUACUCACGGAACAAACAUUUUAUUCAUGAGAAAUGCGCUAAUAUUAGAGAUAUCCUUCAUUAUGUAGGAUGUGGAAAAAUAAAACUGAACGAUAAUAAUCUAUUCUAAUCACCACACCACCAUAAUUUUCAUUGUCGUGUAAUUGGUAUAACACACACAAAUAGGGCAUCAAAUGAAAUGCCUCGAAGGAAGCAACUACGUUCGAAGUUAAUCCCAACCCAAUGAAAACGUUUGCUUUCGCAAAACACCUCGGAAAGUACACUGCGGCCACUUUCUGUUGCCGCACCCUCAACUUCAUGUUUCUUGUAAUAUCUGAAAUGCAAACGAUAUGUCAAACGAUGUGUCUCCACUAGUGUUUGUAAAAUAUUCUAUGAUUUAAAAUCAAAAUUCAUUCAAUUAGCGAUAAACUUUAAAAUCAAAGUUUUUUUAGGGUGUUAAUUAUUUAUUGAUGUUGAAUGAUUAUUUUGUUUUGAUUUAUAAACAUAAUGAAAUUUAUGCUUUCAAACAUUAUAUUCUAAAUUUAUAUUGUUUUACAUAUCUAUUAUAUCGCAGAUAUUGCUAAACAGUAGACAUAUGACGACACAUGAAAGCGGUCAUAGAAAGUAGUCGCAAUGUACUAGCAGAACAAAACAAAUAUCAACCAGUGCAAAGCCAGGCUAACAUUUAUCAAACGAUUUAACUAGAGUCGCAGUAUUUUCCCCUUACAAACACAACACACAACCGCUAACAGGUUUGAACAUUGAAAUUUCCCUUAUCAAAACCUAUUCUCUAGGAUUCGAUAAUAAAUUGAAUUACACGAAAAACAGUAAAAUAUAAACAAACAUGUGUUCAAUUAGAAAGAGAACGGAAAGCACGUAGGGCGAAAUAAAAGAACUGGAAUUUUGCAUUAUUUGUUAGCGAGUAAAUACCACGAGUCACAUAUUCAACUCUUAGCUUAAAGAACUAUUCGAAUAAAACAACAAGAUCAUGCGAACGAUUAUUCUACUAGAAAGGUAAAAUAAAGCAGUUGCAAGUCUAAUAGGUUACAGUAUGUAGCUUUCGAAAAAAAAAAUCAUUGAAUCGAUCAAAUGCAUGUUAGUAACAGCGCUAAAAGCAAAUAACAAUUUCAAAGAGAACAGAGGAAGAAACAAUAAGCUGUAGGCGUAAUGAUAUUAGUCGUAAAAAAAACAAUAUUACUAAUCGAAUCAAAAUAAGCAAGCGAAUGCGUGAAUCAUACACACACAUACACACACAACCAAACAGGAUGCAAUGAUUGGAAAUCAUGUAACUGAUGGCGAACCAUUUUGGAAUGGAAGGAAGUAGAAAUGAUGAUUUUGUGGAGCAAUUUUUCUUCUACAUUUAUCGGAUCUGUGACGAAAGCGAGCGAUUGUGAUACAGAGAGGAGAGCGUUUAGUAACAUUAGCGUGAUGUGGAUCUGGACGAAUGAGACGAACACUGUGCUGACUAACAGAGAUGAGACGUAUUUUUUUGAGGCAACAGAAGGAAUGAAUGGAUCAGAGAGUGCAGUUGACACGAAAUAGUUGUGGCAGGCGGGACUGAUUGAUGCAAAUGCAAGAACACAUAAAAUUGUGGAAAAAAACGAACAAGUUGACGUAAAAUGAGCAAGGAGCUAAUUUGAUUGUGAUCUAUACAUAAACAUUGAAAUAUAUUUACGAUGCUACACCAUAAGAUUGUAACAGGACAUUAGACAUGAAAUUGAUGAAAAACAAGGUUUUACAUAUAAAUAAACGAAAAAAAGCAUGCGCGGAGAAUGAAUAUUUUCUGAUAAAUGUAAUAAA